AUGCACCAGCACGGGACUGUCGUUGGUGUGCUGGUGCACCGGCGCGACGCUCGGAUUGGUGGACUGGAUUACUCAAAGAGUAAAUUGCGUCCUUCAACGUGGGCAAUGAAGGACGAGGAAGAUGACGAAGACGCCGCCAUGCAGUAUUCAAUUCAACAAAGUUUGCUGGACACUACCAAACACAGGCAAGUCCGCAUAUCACUCCGAUAUACGUCUGAGGAUGCAGACCACGUCUCCAUCUUCACUGCUAUUCGACAAGGACACUUAAAGCUGGUGAAGGAUCUGAGCAUCAAAUGUAAAGAGGUCUUCCUCCAGACGGACAGUAGAGGAUGGACGGCCCUCCACGAGGCCUCUGCCCAGAGCAACCCAACCAUCCUGGAGCUCACUUACGCAGCGUCCGGCGAUGAUGCGGUGGAGCGUCGGACAGCGCGAGGCGAGACGCCGCUCUUCCUGGCCGUUGAGCGAGACCUCACAGACAAUGUCAACUUUCUACUGGGACGCGGGGCCAAGCCUGACGCACAGAACCAAGAGCAUGACUCGCCGCUGCACGUAGCGGUCCGCUUGGGUAGCCCGAAACUGGUUCGGCUCCUGCUCCGAAGAGGCGCGGCAGCAGACCAGGCGGGCCUCCACGAGCGUCGACCACUACAUGAGGCCUCGCGGCUGGGCAGCGCGGAGCUUGCCGGCCUGCUACUGGAGGCCGGGGCCACCAUCGACGCCCGCAGUCGCUUCGGCCUCACGCCGCUGGCCUUGGCCUCGCAGGCCGGACACUUGGACGUGGUGGAGCUUCUUCUCAGGAAAGGAGCGGAUGUGCAUUCACAGGCUAAGGAUGAGGCAUCGGUGCUGUACGAGUCGUGCGCCGGUGGCGACGCAUCGGUGACAGCGCUGCUAUUGGAGUACGGCGCCGACGCCAACGUGGCCAAGCAGAGCGGGCACCUACCAAUCCACCGUGCUGCCCACAGGGGCCACCUGGAAAUUCUGAUGCUGCUGAUUCCGUUAACUUCCAUGGAAGACGUGUACAACAGCGGAAUGAGUCCGUUGCACUGCGCUGCUGCAGGGGGACACGCACACUGCAUCAAGGCUCUUCUGGGCGCGGGUUUCGACCCAAACUACAUGCUACAUCCGUGCGUGCGUCGCGGCUACGACGAUGAGAGGAAAUCGGCGCUGUUCUUUGCCGUGUCCAAUAACGACAUCCCAUCAGUGCGCCUGCUUUUGGAAGCAGGCGCCAUGACCAACCAGGACCCCGUCAAGUGUCUGCAGGUGGCACUGCGUCUCGGCAACUAUGAGUUAAUCAACAUAUUGCUGCGGUACGGUGCCAACGUCAACUUUUAUUCCCGCAUCAACACCACGCACUUCCCCUCGGCGCUGCAGUAUGCACUCAACGACGAGGUGGUUAUGAGGAUGCUAUGUAACUAUGGUUACCACGUGGAACGUUGCUUUGACUGUCCCUAUGGCAACGGGUCGCAUGUUCCUGAGGACUAUGAAGGCUGGAGCAACACUGUCAUCAAAGACACUAUGUUCUGCGAGGUGAUCACGGUGUCGUGGCUCAAGCACCUGUCCGGUCACGUGGUCCGGGUUCUGUUGGACUACGUGGAUCAUGUAAGCCUGUGCAGUAAACUGAAGGCGGCUGUCAUGGAGCAUCAGCAGUGGAGUGACAUCUGCAGGCUGCAAGAGAAUGCCCGCUGCCUGCAGCAUCUGUGCCGUCUGCGCAUCCGCAGCUGCCUGGGCCGUCUGCGUCUGCGCUCGCCCGUUUUCAUGAGCUUCUUGCCUCUGCCGCCGCCGCUGAAGGACUACAUUCGGUACCGCGAGUACGAUCUGCGUGGCAAACUCAACAAUGAGCACACGUGA